GGUCGUUUCUCGAGCUGCGGGUGUGAUUACAUUAUAUUACCGUGUCACUGCCCCUCUCCGGGCUGUUUUAGCGCCCUCGCCUUACUCCACCCCCUCCCAGGCGGAGUCAUAUAGGAGUGCUGCACGCCUUCUCCUUCCUUUUCUUCCCGUGGCCGCCAUCGAGAAGCAGCGAGGAGCCGGCGGUCAGCAUGGUGAGGCGGGCGGGGAGGAGAAGGCCUGUGAUAGCGGGCUCGCUCCGGGAUGGCGGGGCGGUGGGGGGAGGACCGGCACCGGGAGGGCCCUCAGUCCCCGGGCUGUGCUCGGUGUAACACCCGGCUGGCGCGGCCUGUGUGCCGGGGAGAGAGAGCCACGUUAUCAGCGCAUGGGGGGGCGGCCGGGCCUAGUGACCGCCAUCGGCCGGCCGGCUGUAUAGCUGUGCGGGGGGGUACCUGGCUCUCUCCGCUCUCUCUCUCUCUCACUCGCUGUCAGUCAGUCAGUUAAUAUAAAGCUGUGCGAGGCCGGGGCUACCAGGCUGGGCACACAGGACCAUGGAGGGAGGCCGGCCGGGCAGGCUGAUACCGGGCUUAGCAAACAUGUGCUUCCCGGAGCCGGCCUUCCAGCACACAAACAGGCCGCGUAUUAUUCACUGCAAUAACACCGGGAAACAAACACGGCUGGUGGCCCAAUAGAACCGGACUGGGAACCGCUGCAGACUAUUAACAAAACUCACCCAGCAAACUGCUUCUCGGACACGGCGGAAAGAUGAGACAGGGGAUAUAAAGUGCUCACACUAAACAUAGUGUCACAUUUUACAGUGGGCAAAAUAAGUGUGUGUAUAUAUAAUAAACUUUUUUUUUUUUUUAAAUUCUGCACAAGCGCUCACUUCAGUUUUAAAGUAACACGGUGGCACAUGCUAGAAGUUGAAAACCAUAAUUGCAGACAAAUCCUCUCACAAUGCUGGAGGAAAUUAAUUUAAAUCUAUACUGCGGUAUAGAACUUGACACUUCUUGUGACAAAAUUCUUUAUAGAAUCUGAUUCUAAUGUAUGUUUGUAAGACAAAUUAGUUUUUUGUAGAUUUAGGUUUCGUCUAUUAAUUUAAGUUAUUGUGGUUGUAACUAGACCACUUUAUGCUGUAUUCUCCAGCUUUUAAAUGGUAUAUGCUACAACUUUCAAUAUCACAAUGUGGGCUAUAAUGCUAAAUGAGUCCUUUGAAAAUUGAUGGAUCUAAAGGACGAAGUAGCUGACAGUCACUUUAAAGGCAUAUUUUUGGCAAAUUGUAAACCUUGUCAUUUAUCAGAAAUUACUGUUUUUCAUUGUCUGAAAGGGACUGCAUUUAUUCAGCAAAACCAGUCCAUAUAUAUCUACUAGUUUGGGGGAUUAUUGACCACUUUUUAUUUUUUUUGAUUAGUUUUUUAACAAACUAUUGGUUUGUUUUUAUAGAUUUAUUCCGUACUCUCCCUAAUAUUGUGGCGAGUGGGGUCUUGACUCUCAGGACCAGUUAGACAAAUACGUUAUUGUGACCGACCUGCUAGGUCAGUUCUGAAUGGGCUAAUUUUCACUUGUUUCAUUUUAACAUUUACAUUUGAUUUCAAACCAUUUCAUCUUUUAACUAUGUAUGCCACUGAGUAAUUUCUUGCUGGGAAAAGUUAGAUUGUUUGUUAUUUUGUCUGUGUAUAUGUACUUUACAGUAAUGAAGGACUUCAAUGAUGGUGUAAUUUGCGUCUUACGUGGUACUAAGCGACAGUUGCCUGCUGUCAAAAUGCUAAUACUAUGGGAUGACGAUUCUUUGAGACUGAGAGUCCAAUAACCUUACAGUUGUUUUACUCAUCCAUCACUUAUAUUGUUUACACUUUUUUUUUCUCUCAUCUUUCCUAGGCCUGCACUCGUCCUUUGAUAACGGUAUACUCUGAAAAGGGAGAAGUAUCAGGCAAAAAUGUUACCUUGCCUGCUGUAUUCAGGGCACCCAUUCGUCCUGAUAUAGUCAACUUUGUACACACCAACUUGCGCAAGAAUAACAGGCAGCCUUAUGCUGUGAGCAAGCUUGCUGGUAUGUCUUAAGUGUUUUGUAGUGUGUUGUGUUUUUUCUUUGUAGUUACAGCCGGCAAAUGUGGUAGAAAAAAUGUAUUGGGCACAAUGACUUGUGUGUAGUAUUAUCUCUGUAUUAACAGUUUUGUAAAACUUAAACAAUGGUUACACAUGCUAAGCCAAUUAAUAUCAAAGCCUAUUAUGCAUUACCUUAGUUAUGAACUGGUACCCUUUUAGUACUUUAAGAGGGAACCUUAAAGAACAAAUUGCUAACUAUAAGGUAAAAUCUAAGCCAUCUAGGACAUAAGCAGCAGCAGAUAAGUUUUUCCAAGUCAGAAUACAAUAUUCUACUGUACUAUACAUUUAGUACAUUUGUUUAUUCUACCAUGUUUUCAUGUAUGUAUUCAUAAGAGAAAUUUUUUUUACAGUUAAAAUUGUGCUUUACGGUUGUUAUGGAAUGGAUUUACAUAACAGUAUAUUAGAGAAAUGAUGAGCUCCACUUCAUUGGUCCGUGUUUCUGAAACUAAUGAUAUUAAUGGAAGUUCUGAUUAAUAAUAUAUUAAGUAAAUAUAUUUUACAAAAUAAUUAUGAAUUUGUUUCCAAUUCAGUAGCUUCUGUAUGUCUCUAAAAAACUUUUCUGAUUUCAGGUCAUCAGACUAGUGCUGAAUCAUGGGGAACUGGUCGGGCUGUGGCUCGUAUUCCUCGUGUCCGCGGGGGCGGAACUCACCGUUCUGGCCAGGGUGCCUUCGGAAAUGUAUCCUUUUCUUUCAGUUAUGAGUUCUUAAGAUAUUUUGCAUCUUUACCCAUUAAAUUAUCUAAAUCUACAAUAUUAAACUUUUAAUUUGCCGUGAUGUUGUAAUUUGCGUCCUACUCUGCAUCAUGCGACAGUUGCCUGCUGUCAUUAUGCUGGUGUGGAUGGCUGUUGAAAAACUUGAAUACUGAGCAAGUGACUGAUGAGUUUGGUAUUUAGAACAAAAUCUGACUGUUUUCAAAGCCAAUGUUAAUUCUUUAACAUCAAAUGAAGAUGUGUCGUGGAGGGCGUAUGUUUGCACCAACCAAGACCUGGAGAAGAUGGCAUCGCAGAGUUAAUAUUACUCAGAAGCGUUAUGCCAUUUGCUCUGCUCUUGCAGCUUCAGCCAUCCCUGCCCUUGUUAUGUCUAAAGGUAAGUGAAAAUGUGUAAUAGUUUUUUUAUUUAAAUGGAUUGUUUUACCUAUGGAAAAGCAUGUGAUGAGUUCCACUUCAGGUCCGUGUUUCUGAACCACAUGAUCUUAAUGGAAGUUCUGAUUUGCUGAAUAUCUGGAUGUUUAAAUUUUGUUUUGUAGACUAUAUAUUUAAAUUUAUUUGCAAUGCAGCGGUUUCAUGUAAUAAAAGAUAUAAUAAUUCUAUUGUGCUUGUAAAAUUGAGAUAACUACAUGAAAGUCUCAUACUCUUGCAGUAUGGUUUGCAUGGAUGGGUAAGAUUUACACUUUUGUCCAUUUCUCAAGUAACUUAUUAGGAGACUCACUAUUUUAAGCAUGCAGGUUACUGCCUGAGUGAAAGAAUGCUAAGAGAUAGGAGGGUUUCAACUAAAGCUACCCUCCAUAUUUUUAUUUUCCGGUCUUGACCACCAAAGUGUAAGUCUGUAAAGGUUUGGCUUAUCUUUUGCAACUCUUGUUAAUUUACUGACCUGUAAAUAAACACUUGAGUAGCUUAUAUUAAAUGUGACGUGUGUUUAACCCCCUAAGGACACGUGACAUGUCAUAAUUCCCUUUUAUUCCAGAAGUUUGGUUCUUAAGGGGUUAAAGUGGCUAAGGCUGUAACCACUAUUACAUGCUAGUAGUGGUUAUGCAGCAAGGAGUCUCUUGGCGCCAUCCCAUGGUAAUUUAAAACCGCUCUUUUAUGAUUAAACACUGCCUGGGCUUCUCAGUCAUCCACAGCCUGGACCUUCAUUAUAAGCUCUGCUAAAGCCAUUUCUGCAUUGGCAUUGGUCUCAUACAAAACUGAUCAUAAUUCAUAAGUAGCAACUUCUAAGUGUGUAUAGCGCUUUGCGUUUCCCUUAAAAGUGCUCCAUCUGAUGUAAAGCUGCAGCUUGGUCAAACUAAAUAGUUAUAAAUCUGCUUUCUGCAUUACAUUAGGUGUUUCACAUUUUGUAUUUAUGUGGAAAGCAUUGCCAAUACAUCUAAACUUGAGCAGUAGUUUUCCAUUAUUUGCUACUAAAGAUGUGUGAAACGUAGAACUUAUCUGGCUUUUAGUUUUUUGCCACUUAAAGCUAGCAUGUCUGGUUUCUUCUGCUACACUUUAAGGUCACCGCAUUGAGGAGAUCCCAGAGGUGCCCCUUGUUGUUGAAGACAAAGUUGAAAACUACAAAAAGACAAAGGAGGCAGUGCUCCUUCUAAAGAAAAUAAAGGCAUGGAAUGACAUCAAGAAGGUAACUGAGAAUUCAUUUUUAUUCUUACUGUAACUGAAUCUUUGAGGUUUUUCACCAUUGUUUUCUGUUUUAUUGAAACAGUUGAUUAUGUGGAGGUAAUUUCAUUUUGUAAACUUCUUUCGCUGCUUGCAAUGAUGUCGUAAUUUGCGUCCUACCUAACAUUAUGCGACAGUUGCCUGCUGUCAUUAUGCUGGUGUGAAUGUGUGACGAAAAUAUUUAACUGAGCAGCACAACAUAUGUAUAAACGGUAAUCAACUUUGUAUUGAAUACCUAAAAUUAUUGACUUUGCAUAUAAUGCAUGCUAUUGUUUUCAGGUGUAUGCAUCCCAGCGAAUGCGUGCUGGUAAGGGUAAGAUGAGGAACAGACGCCGCAUCCAGCGCAGAGGGCCCUGCGUUAUCUAUAACGAAGACAAUGGCAUUAUUAAAGCCUUCAGAAACAUCCCAGGUACUGAGAAGCUUCAUAUUGUAUGUGAUCUCACCUUCACUUCAACUCCAUUGCUACCUAGUAACUUUUGAUUACAAAUUUUUUAGCAUAAAAUUUAUUUAUAAUUUAUGGGAUGCGUAGCUAGCAUAUCAAUCAUAACCAAUUUUGUGUAUAGAUUGUUUUGUAGACAAACUUAGUUUUAUAUACAUUUACACAAUUUUUGUCUUUCACAUUAGUUCAUCCUUUAUAAAAAAAAAUACUUGAAGUGAAAAACUUUGAACAAUAGUGCCCUUUUUAUCUUGCAAUAUUUCAAACAUGGUCUGAAAUGUUGACAUAAAAGGAAAACCGCAAUUUUUCUAACAAUAGAUGUGACAAGUAAUUGAAUAAUAACUUACAGGUUUUGUCAAGAAAAUGUAAAGUCUGCAUGUGAGCAUAAAACACUAAAUACAAUUAAUACAUUUCUAAAAUAAAGAUAUUUAAAAUGGCAACCUUACCGUAUAUACUAGAGUAUAAGUUGACCCGAAUAUAAGUAGAGACCCCUAAUUUUACCCCCCAAAAUUGGGAAAAGUUACUUACUCGAGUAUAAGACUAGGGUGGGAAAUGCAGCAGCUACUGGUAAAUGUCUAAACACUAUAUCCCAAAAAUUAUGUUGUGAGUGCGAUGCAGAGCCUUGGUGGGGGUGGGCAUUUUUAUUUAUUUAAAUUAUUUUUAUAUUAUAUAUGUAUAUAUUUUUUUUUUUUUCCUGUUCCCCUGAGGGUGUGGCUUUAUGGGCUAGAUUUCAGAUUUUAUAUUCAUUAAAAUAUGUACUCUAUUUGGGUAUUAAGUAUGUAAGGAAUGAUGUGAUCAUAAACUUCAUUGGUCCGUGUUUCUGAAAUCCGUGAUCUCUGUGGAAGUUCUGACCUUACUAGUGCUAAGAAUUUAACAAAACUCCUGCUUUUUUGAGGGUGAAAUAUUAAAACUGGGCACCUGAUUCCAUGAACCUAUAAUAUUUUGUCUAUUUGGUUUAGUCUGCCUAAUGCAACCUGAUUUCAGUAUCAUUAUUGCUUUGUAGGGAUCACUCUCCUCAACGUAAGCAAACUGAAUGUCUUGCGGUUGGCUCCUGGUGGCCAUGUUGGAAGAUUCUGCAUCUGGACAGAAAGUGCUUUCCGCAAGCUGGAUGAUCUGUAUGGCACGUGGCGCAAGGCAGCUGUUCUAAAGGCUGAUUACAAGUAAAUGACUUACUCUGUAGACCUAUCCUUUGACUCUCAUGCAGGUUUAAAGGACCACUCUAGGCACCCAGACCACUUCAGCUUAAUGAAGUGGUCUGGGUGCCAGGUCCCUCUAGGAUUAAUUAAUUUUUUUUUUUAUUUUUUUUUUAAACAUAGCAGUUUCAGAGAAUGGGUUAAUCCAGCCUCUAGUGGCUCUCAUUGACAGUGAGAGGACGCUAGCGUCCAUAGGAAAGCAUUAUGAAUGCUUUCAUAUGAGACUGGCUGCACACGCAGCUCCUGUCGUGCAUGCGCAUUCAGCCGAGGAGAGCUCCCCGCCCGGCGCUGGAAAAAGUAAGUUUAACCCCUUUCCUUGCCAUCCAGCCUGGCGGGAGGGGGUCCCUGAGGGUGGGGGCACCAUCAGGGCACUAUAGUUCCAGAAAAACAAGUGUUUUCCAGGCACUAUAGUGGUCCAUUAAAGUGUGUACAUAGCCAACUUUUAGUAUGGCAGCAGUACAAAAAUUGUUUGUCAAAUUUACUGUUUGCAGGAGAUGAAUCUCAAUUGAUUUUACUGGGGAACGUUAAUGCUUUCAUCUUCAAGCUAAGCAAUUGGACACUAUGAUGGGUGCUGGGCAGUUGGUCUCACCAACUAUGACAUCUCAAUAUGUCUUACUCCUAACAAUACCCUUUUUUUAAUUCAUUUUUUCUAUUUGUAUGAAGAAACUAUUUUACAUUUGAUAGAGGUAAAAAGAACAAUCUACAUAAGACUGGAUUAGAAGUAUUAACAAUAGGUUUCAUUUGACAGUUUACAAUUAAAGGAUCACUAUAGUGUCAGGAAAACAAACCCAUGUUCCUGACACUUUACAAUCCUAAGGGUCUCCUCUCCCGCUGGGCUGAAGCAGUUAAAACCCCUUAAUCCAGUGCCCGACUCACUCGGCGCUGGUGACCUCUUCUCCCCCGCCGGUGUCCGCUCCCGAGUGGAGCCGAAUGUGCGGCAACAGCCGCGCGCAUUCAAACAGUCCAUGGGAAAGCAUUUCUCAAUGCUUUCCUAUGGACGUUCUGCACACUGAAUGCAAUUUUCACCUCUAGCAGCUGUCAGGAAGACAGCCACUAGAGGCUGGAUUAACCUUGCAAUGUUAACAUCUGAAGGGUUAGAACCUGAGGGACCUGGCACCCAGACCACUUCAUUGAGCUGAAGUGGUCUGGCUGACUAUAGUGUCCCUUUAAGGGGGCAGUUAACAUGAGCGAAUCUAGGAGGGAGGGAGAGGUGGAAGAGAAUACCUCUAGAAAGGCAAUGAUUUCAUUUUGCCUAGUUUUGGUCUAGAUUUGGAAUCCAUUCAAAUCAAUUAGAAAUCAGGGUGGCUUUUGUAAUUUUUUUUUUUCUUGCUGCACUUUAGUUCUGCUUGUCUUCACUAUUGAAACAAUGUAUUUUAUAAUUCGUGAACGGGUUGGUCUGACUCUUAAGCAUGAUGAUUUCCACUUCUGGUCCGUGUUUCUGAAAUUUAGUGAUUAUAGUGGAAGUUCUGACUUUCAUCUGAAAGAUGAGUAAUGCUGACCUAACGUACUUUUUGUUUUGAUUGGAAUUUUUGGCACCAAACUGUUACCUGUUCACACGUAUUCAUUUUUAUUUUACUUUAUCUAGCCUCCCUAUGCACAAAAUGACAAACACAGAUCUGAGCAGAAUCCUGAAGAGCCAAGAAAUUCAGAAAUCUCUACGUGCUCCAAUGUAAGUCAUGCACCGCUGUGGUGGGAAGUUUGUUGGGAUGGGGUUGAAACUGGCAAGACACAACACAGGUCCUUUAAUGGCUACUGGCUGAUUAUUGACCCGUUAUUGCAUUCAUAGCCAAACCUUUUUGUCAUUAUGUGUAUUUGUCCUGCGUUAGUUGUUGUCUGUGUGUUUUUUUUUUUUUAUCCGAAUAAAUUAGUAGUUUGGUAGUAUAACUAAUUUUGAUUGGACAGUGGCUUGCAGUGAUUGUUUGAGAAAUGCCAUUCCUAAUGAUGAGUUCCACUUCACUGGUCCGUGUUUCUGAAACUUUGUGACAUGAAUGGAAGUUCUGAUAGACAAAAAGCAAAUACAAACAUUGUAAAACAAAACUACAAUAUAGGAUGAUCUUUGAUCACUUUUUUCUUUCUUUUUUUAUAGCAAAAGGGUGAAGCGCAGGGAACUCAAGAAGAACCCACUGAAGAAUUUGAGAAUCAUGAUGAGACUGAACCCAUAUGCCAAAACAGCAAAACGCAAUGCUAUUCUACGCCAGGCUGCAAAUGUAAGCAUCUAAGUGUUACUUUCCAUUCUGAACACUGAAGUAGUUUCCUUUUUUCAUUUUUCUAACCCUUAUCUGUUAGGGUUACAGCUAAACUUGUGAAAUGUCUUAUAGCAUCUGACUUUAUUUUUGUUUUGUUUUUUUUUAAGAGAAAUUCUAUUUUUUUUUAUUUUUUUUGGCCCCUGAAAUCUUCCUGUCUUUGCCCUUAGAUAUGUGUACUAUUUGUGUAUCCACUAGUCUUGUAUCCCAGCAUGGUUGUUGAGAUCUCAAACUAAAUUUACUGCAGCAAAGUUGUUAGCCCACUUGAUUUUAGUUUAAGGCCCCUCAUGUAAGGUAUAUUAACAGGAGCACUUUCUGUUUAAACGAAUUGUAUAAAUCCAUACAAAUUGUGCCGCCUUCACUUUUUUUUUCAGAUAAAGGCAAAGGAGACAAAAACUGUAAAAAAGGUGGUGAGGAAGAGGCAGAUCAAAAAGAAGCCUGUGAAGGAGGAGGUGGCUGCCAAGUAAUCCUGUGGAUUCAUUAGAGUUCAACUGGCAGCAUGCUGUAUUAACUCCUAAUAAAUUCUGCUUAAAAUAUGUACCAC